ACGAAGGUGCUAAAGGGACUUUUUCCCCAGGUGCUAUCGUGCACCAUGGACUCCAGCAUGGAGAACUCCCACACGCACCUUACACACCCUUGGGUUGACUUCAUGCCUGGAACCUGUAAAACUGCUGCUGUUCAAAAGGUAUAUAACCUGUCCUCCAAACACCUUCCCAAUUGAGCUGAGAGGAUCUGGUGGAGAUGAAGACUACUCCUGUUAUCUUGCUGGUUGCUGUCCUGUGUGUGGAGCAAGGUUAUCCAUUUAUGUGCUAUGUGUGCCAAGAACAGGAGUCCAACAAGGACUGUUUAACCAUUUCCAUGUGUGCAAAGGAAGACAAAUAUUGUGUGACUGUCCGUGACAAAGUUGGAACAAACUCUGACAAGCCUAAGUAUGUCAUCUCUAAGAUGUGCUCUCCAACGUGUCCAGAAACAAGUCAGCAACAAAACCAAGCCCACCGGAAUGUUUCAUGCUGUGAGAAACCAUUGUGCAAUGUGAAUGGAGGCAGCAGCAAGCAAGGCAGCUAUGCAGCGACGUUCCUGGGUGUCCUAGCUAGUAUCACUUACAUUUUUGCCUGUGGACAGUGA